AUGCCCCUGCUGCCUGGCACCGUGGGCCUGGCAGGUCUGCUCUUCUGGGCAGGCCAGACAAUGAACGCCUUGAUGCCCAAUGCCACCCUGGCAGUGGCCCAGACCGAGGGCCCAGCUGUGAGGUCUCUGAGUGGCCUGGGGGUGCCCCGGUACCGGCGGAAGCGCCACAUCUCUGCCCGGGACAUGAAUGCCUUAUUGGAUUAUCACAACCACAUCCGGGCCAGCGUGCACCCACCCGCCGCCAACAUGGAAUAUAUGGUCUGGGAUGAGCGGCUGGCCAGGUCUGCUGAGGCCUGGGCCUCCCAGUGCAUUUGGGCCCAUGGACCCUCACAGCUGAUGAGAUAUGUGGGCCAGAACCUCUCCAUCCAUUCCGGCCGGUACCGCUCCAUAGUGGAUCUCGUGAAGUCUUGGUCCGAGGAGAAGCGGCAUUACUUGUUUCCAGCCCCAAAGGACUGUACCCCACGCUGCCCCUGGCGCUGCAGUGGGCCUGUCUGCUCUCACUAUACCCAGAUGGUGUGGGCAUCUUCCAAUCGGCUGGGCUGUGCCAUCCACACCUGUGGCAGCAUCAACGUUUGGGGCAGCACCUGGCGCCAGGCUGUGUACCUGGUCUGCAACUACGCCAUUAAGGGCAACUGGAUCGGUGAGGCGCCGUACAAGACGGGGAGGCCGUGCUCCGCCUGCCCUCCCAGCUACCAGGGCAGCUGCAACAGCAACAUGUGCUUCUCGGGGCUCAAAUCCAACAAGCUCCUGUGGUUCUGAAUCUUCUCUGGGCUCUGGCUGGCCCUCCUGCUGGUCCUGACUCUCCAAAAGUCCCUUCCCAAAGAGCGGGUCAAGGAAUUUUUUUUCAAAGGACCUGAGCUGGGCUCGCUCUACCAAUCCGAACUUUCCCACCUGAUCCCAUUUCCUGAAUGUCCAGCAUGUGCCAGAACAAAAUGACCUCCCCGCCUU